AUGGACUCUGCUGUCGUACCGAACCUCAAUCUGGAGGACGAGAAGCCGAUCGCCACAGGCAAUGGCGUGUCCAUGGCUAUACACCUCGCUGAGCCGGUGCUCUUCCUUCAGGGAUUCAACAAUGACGAGUCAGCUCCAGGAAACACAGCAAUGCUGAGAGGUGCCUUACACUUGAGAGUACAAAAGCCUGCAAAAAUCAAGGGUGUACAGCUGAAGUUCAAAGGCACGGCAAUAACCAAAUGGCCUGAAGGCAUCCCACCUCGGAAACAGGAAUUCGAGGAGAAGGAUGUCAUCAUGCAACACACCUGGCCAUUUUUCAACGCACAAUUCGAAAGUGCAGAGAACAGUACAAGUGCAGAUUACGUGCAACUAUUCAGAGGAGUCGAGGGCUCCAAAGAUGCUCUUGGACGGUCGUCGAACCACAAUUCGAAUGCGAAUCUCAGUGCAAAGGAAGCAAAGAAAUUGGCACUUGCGGUGAAUCAAUCUCGAAGCUUCGGCAAGAAUGAUCCACAACCGAACGGUCCUGGUGUGGCUGCGAAGGGCUAUCGAACAUUUCUGCCUGGAGACUAUGUGUACCAAUUCGAACUCCCGCUGGACAGCCGACUUCCAGAAACCAUCGAUGUCGAUCUUGGGUCUGUCAAGUACGAACUCGAAGCCGUAGUAGAACGAUCAGGUGCGUUUCGGGCAAAUCUACUGGGCUCGAAGGAGGUGAGAUUGAUUCGUGCACCGGGUGAGGGAUCACUCGAGACUGUUGAGCCCAUCGCCAUAAGCCGGAAUUGGGAAGACCAACUGCAUUACGAUAUCGUCAUUUCAGGGAAGAGUUUCCCACUGGGGAGCCAGGUUCCGAUAGCUUUCAAGCUUACUCCGCUGGCCAAAGUACAAUGCCAUAGAAUCAAGGUACUACUCACGGAGAACAUCGAGUACUUCUGCGCGAACAAGAGAGUGCACCGCAUGGAGCCAACAAGGAAAGUUCAGCUGUUCGAGAAGCGGGCCGAUGGUCCACCAGUCAGCACGUUCCCAGGCAGUACGAUGAGAGUGACAGCUGGCGGAGGAAUCCCAUACGACCAACGAGCACAAGCUGCGCGUGGAGAGACCGUCAUCCCAACCGACACAACGAAUCUGCUCGGCAACCUCGACGGCGAUUCGAACAUUGGUCCCACUGAAAUGGAGUUCAAUGUGCAACUCCCCAACUGCCAGACCAUGAAAGAGCGUGAACGCAACCUACGCCUUCACUUUGACACCACCUAUCAAAACAUCCAAGUCCACCACUGGAUCAAGAUUGUCAUGCGCUUGUCCAGACCCGAUGCCGUCGAUCCCAACAAGCGCCGGCAUUUUGAAAUCUCCAUUGACUCGCCAUUUCACAUCCUCUCUUGCCAAGCCACACCAGCGAACAUCUCACUCCCGGCUUACACCUCUCCGGAAUCGGUUUCUCCACAGGCCACCUCCCUCUACGACUGCGGCUGUCCCGGCGCUGCACGCCGCCGCAACUCUCCUCCUUCUUUCUCUCCGAUGCCAUCAUCUCUUUCCAACUCCACUUCCGCCUCCGAAUCAAGCUCACUGGCACCCUCCACCCACUCUGCCGCCUCGUCCCGGCCUGCAACACCGACUCUGGCCCGUCCUCCCACGAUUCACGCAGCAAACCACAUUCGACCUGUUCAACCUCACCAUCCCGACCGCCCUAUCCACCUGCUCCGUGCUCCGUCGUUCAAUCCUCCCGCUUUCGAGGAUGAAGAGCCUCCGCCACCGCUCAUCACGCCACCGCCGCAGUAUGAUAGUAUUGCGAGCCCGACAAGUGGCCUGUCGGACUACUUCGCGCGACUUAGUGAUGCCUACGAAGACGAGGAUAGCGAGGACGAAAGAAGGAGUGGCAGGGUAAAUGUCCCAUUGACGCCUGGCGGAAGGGUCAACCGCAGUGUCGACUUUGGUAGGGGAGGAUGGGUGCCUGUUGGAGGGAGUUCGUGA